AGUGUUGGUCAUUCAAUUUUAAAAUGAAAUGAAAAUGAAACUGCUUUAGUUCAGUUUAUAGUGUUGCUCGUUCAUUUUGAAAAUAAAAUGAAUAUGAAACUGCUUUAGUUCAGUUUAUAGUGUUGGUCGGUCAAUUUGAAAAUGAAAAGAAUUUAUUUGACACAACAAUCUUAAAUACCUAUAAGACAUGGUUUUGUAACUUGUUGUCUCAAAGAGGAUACCAUGCACUCAGCAUGUGAAUUUCAGAUACAAAUAAAUGUACAUACCUACAAAAAUUUAGAUGUGGCGAUUGUUAUUGUUUCCGAUGGCGAUGGGGAGUGCCGCGAGUCUCGCGACGGAUUGGCCGAACAUGGCCCUUGACUACUUUCAGCACAAGAACGUCAAGUAUGUUACGCACUUGUCGUGCAAGGAUGCUGCUGAAAUCAAAGCCGUAUUGCGUCUAUGGAUGAAUGAAGGCAUACGAGCAACGGUUGGUUUGAUAGACCAGGGGCCCAUAAAUAUGAUGCGACUAUUGUAUCAGUUCGAGGCGAGCGUCGGGGUGCUUGUGGACGGAGACUGUCUCAACACACGGGACAUUUUGAACAAUGCCUCAGAGUUAAUGAUGUUCGAUGACACGCAUCCCUGGUUGGUUAUGAACGACGACUGUAAUACUGGACGACUGUACUUCGUGGAGGACACCUUCCAAGACCUGAAGCUUAGCGUAGACGCUGAUGUUGUAGUGGCUUCUUAUUGCGGAGACACCUACCAGCUUACGGAUGUGUUCAACUUCGGCCGCGUGCAGGGUAACGCGCUGGAGACGAGAGAGCUUGGAGCUUGGACUUCCGAGAGAGGUUUGGAGAUUUUACUCCAAGGCUUCAAGUACUACAAUCGCUGGGAUUUUCAUAAUCUAACGCUGCGCGCCGUGUCGGUGAUACGCAACAGUUCGAAGGAGUUCCACGAGGGCAUGCUGUACGAGGCGGGGUUCACGGUGGGCGUGGCCGCCAUGACCAAGAUCUCCUCGCAGCUGCUCAAUAUGCUCAAAGAAAUGCACAAUUUUCGUUUCAACUAUACUAUUGUGGGGCGCUGGAUCGGCACACCGGAGCGAAACUCCACUAAGGCAAUGUCGAACUUGUUAUUAUGGCGCGAACAGGACAUCUCGUCGACGUGUACUCGGCUGUUCUCCAAUUGGCUGGAUUGGAUGGACCCGUUUUUCCCCUCCGUCACCGAACUCGAGACCAAAUUCUACUACACGAUAUCAGACAAAGGUGUCGGUGACUACGAGAACCAGUUCCUGACUCCAAUGUCUCCGGGGGUGUGGUGGUGCGCGGCGGCGGCGGGGGCGGCGUGCGCGCUGGUGCUGGUGGCCGCGGCCGCCGUGGAGCGACGUCCGGAGCCCGGCUCCUACGGCGUGUUCAGCGUGCUCGCGGCCGGCUUUCAGCAAGAUUACGAAGAUGGACAUCAGACGGAGAAAGAUAGUUCUAGUCGAAAGCUAGCCCUGCUCGUGGUGGGGCUGACUAGCAUGCUGCUGUACAACUACUACACCAGCAGCGUGGUGUCCUGGCUGCUGAGCGCGGCCGCCCCCAGCCUCAACUCCCUCGAUGGCCUGAUAAGGAGCGACUUCGAGCUGGUCUUCGAAGACAUUGGAUACACUCGGCAGUGGCUUGACAACCCCGGAUUCUUUUACUACAUGGGUUAUAAGAACGAGAAGGAAGAUGAAUUGCGCUCGAAAAAAGUGACAAACGCCAAGCGAACGCUGCCUCUCUUUGAAAGCAUUGAGGAUGGGAUAGAACUAAUGCGUACUGGAAAAUGUGCGUAUCACACGGAGCCGUACACGGCGAGUCAGGUGAUCUCGCGAACGUUCGCGGACAGAGAGUUGUGCUCGCUGGCCGGGCUGCAGAUCAUGCCGCCGUCGCAAGUCUACGUCAUGGGGCAGAAGAAUAGCCCGUACAGGCAGUUCUUUGUGUGGAGUAUGAUGCGUCUGUUGGAGAGAGGGCAUACGCGGGCAACGCGAGCCCGCGUGGGGGGGCAGAUCCCCCCUUGCUCGGGGCACACGCCGCGCGCUCUCUCCCUCGGGCAAGCUGCGCCGGCGUUCCUCCUGCUGGCCGAGUUCAUCGUGCUGUCUGCGCUCAUACUGACCGGAGAGAUUUUGUGGCACCGAUAUACAUUUCGUAAGACUUGUAAGCAAGUUUUACCGCCGAAGAAGCAAGAAGAUCUCGUUAAAAUAAAAAAUACUUAUUGGAGAUCGCAAUAAACUAAUUUUGCUGCAAGCACAGUAUGGGUGCUACUUCGUGUGCUUUCAUCGAAUGUCUAUGAAAGUAGGUAAAACUUUUAGUAAAUGAAUAAGCUAUACAAUGUAAGCUUCACACUUUUCUAAUCCUACAAACCAAAUACCACGAUAAUGUACCGAAUUAUAAUAUAAAAGCCCAUCCUUACUUACCUUUUUUCUCUAACACGCGUGGAAAUAUUAUCAAUAGGAUAAUAGUAAGUUUAAAUGGCAAUGUAUUACCGUACAACACUCGCUUCGCUCAGCCUUUUUUUUUAUAAGACACUACGUAAUAAUGUACUUAGGGUACUCUACAUUAUUUUAGAAAGGAAAA